AGGCGUUGUUAUGGCAACCAUAAACUAGAAAGCGCACAGGUUGGCUGAGCAUCUUUCCAGUUUUUACCACUGCGUUUCAAAUAAAAGUUUGACAUCGUCCACACUUAGAAAGUGACUUGAAUUGAAAAGAGCGAUGUCGGAUGCAGGGUCUGAUGAGUUUGAGGAUGAACACAGUAAACUCGGGGAAUAUGAAGGGGACAGAAAUGAAGCAGGAGAGAGGCACGGCGUCGGUAAAGCUGUUCUGCCCAACCGAGACAUUUAUCAAGGACACUAUGAGAACGGCAAACGACACGGAGAGGGGACAUAUCGCUUCAAGAAUGGGGCAAGAUAUGUCGGAGACUAUUACCAGAACAUGAAACAUGGGCAGGGCACGUUCUACUAUCCAGAUGGCUCUAAAUAUGAAGGGUCAUGGGUUGAGGACCUGAGACAGGGUCAUGGUGUCUACACUUACCCCAAUGGAGACACUUAUGAUGGGGAGUGGCUGCAUCAUAUGAGACAUGGCCAGGGCAUUUACCACUACCACAAAACCGGCUCGAAGUACAAGGGCUCAUGGGUGAAAGGCAAGAUGGAGUCAGAAGGAGAGUACAUCCACUCCAACCACAGAUACAAGGGUAACUUUGUCAACAAUAACCCACAAGGCCCGGGGAAGUAUGUGUUUGACCUCGGGUGUGAGCAGCAUGGGGAAUACCACCAAGCAGAGCAGGACCGAGCUGAGGGGGAGUGGGGCGAGUUGGCCUCCACCGCCGUCCUCAAGUGGAUUCCCAAGUGUAUCACUGGCCUGACGCUGUGGACUCCAGCAGGCAAAAAGGAAGCAGCUUCAGUGGAAGAUGGGGGCGAGAACUGACCUGUCUGAUCAAUCCACAACACUGCAUCUUAUAACCUUUGUUUAAAAAUAACAUAUG